AGGGUUGUAUGGACAGAUGUCUUGCUUCCUGUGUAGUACCUCCUUUGGCUCCAAUUCUACACGCACCCAUGCAUGUGCUUAACUUUAAGCCCCAUUCUGGGACUACUCACAAGCUUAAAGUUAAGCAUGUGUGUUUGCAUGAUCAAAACCUAUGUGAAUAAACCAUCUUUAGCUUCCAGAGUUGUCAAUCUGCGCUUUUUGCCAGAACUAAUUACACUUUAAAAUUUGUAAAUUUGGGGGCGGGGGACAAAGUGCCCAAAUAUGUCAAAGAAGUUUGGCAAAAUGGGGAUCACUGUUUUGAAGGUCACAGCAUCUUUUGGGGCUUUCUAUGGCUGUUCUCUCCCGUGGAUUAUUAUUUCAUUAUCCCUCUGCCCCCUGCCCCUGAAAGCUGUGGGCACUUGAAAAAUUAAAUAAUAAGCCAUGAGGUAGGAUAAAUGUCCCAAAUUCAAAACCCAGCCUUUCAUCAUCAAGGCCCUAUGCAUCGCUGUUCUUAUUUCAUCCUGCUCACCUUCUGGGAGGGCCUGUCAUGUGAUCAAAUAUCCAUCCUGCGAAACUAACAGGAAUCUAAGAUUAAGAAAAUUAGCAACAUUAAAGUGUUGUAUUCACAUCUGGGAGGAGACUGCUCUUGUGAAGGUGAUCUUGUGAGUCAAUCAGGAGAUCUGGUUUCUAAUCCUAGCUCUGCCACAGAUUUACCAUGUGGCCUUGGGUAAGUCAGUUAAUCUCUUUAUUGCCUCAGUUUCUCUAGAUGUAAAAAUGGGUUAGCAAUGUGACUAAAGGAAGACAAGAUAACAUGAAUCAAUGUUUGUCAAGUGCUUUUGUGGUUCUUAAUUGGAAAGCCCUAGAGAAGGGGAAAGUAUCAUUCGUGUUGGUGUUGCUCUUCCUUACAGCCUACAUUUAUCUGUAGGGGUUUCUGUAAGCUUCUCUCUCUCUCCUCAGGACAGCAGUGAUCAUGACUUCCAUAAAGGAGCAGGCAGCCAUCAGCAGACUGAUGGGGUUCUUGCAGGAAUGGGACAAUGCUACCAAAGCUGCUCGUAGCCACAUUCUGGACAAUUUCAUUAAGGCGAACCAAGGCAAGACAGGGCCAGAGUUGGAGCUGGAAUUCUCCCAGGGAGCCAGCUUGUUUCUGGCCCGCAUAACUGCAUGGCUCAGGCUGACCUAUAUGUACGGAACAUACCUAGAUCGGCAGCUAAAGUCGAUUGGCAUCUUCCUGUCAGCUGCAAGUAGCCUCAGGUAUCUUAUAGAAUUUCUGGAGGUUGGAGGCGUUCUGACUCUUCUGGAAAUACUAGGGCUAAACCAACUGAAGGAAGCGGACAAACGGGAGUCGAUAAAGCUACUCCAACUAGUAGCAAAUGCUGGCAGGAAGUAUAAGGAGCUCAUUUGUGAAAGCUAUGGUGUACGAGCAAUAGCUGAGUUUUUGGCCAUUUCCAAGUCAGAAGAGACUCAAGAACAAGUGCAAAUUCUGUUGGAUUCUUUAGGCCAUGGCAAUCCCAAGUAUCAAAACCAAGUAUACAAAGGCCUGGUUGCUUUACUGCCAUGCACAUCCCCCAAAGCCCAACAGCUGUCUUUACAGACCCUCCGGACUAUGCAGGCCAUCGUGGGCCCGGCCCAUCCCAGCAUUGUGAAGGCGGUGCUGGGCGUGCUCCGCUCUGUGCACCUGGAAGUUCAGCACGAAGCCAUUCAGCUGAUCCAGGAUCUCAUGGCCUAUGAAGUCCGGCCAGCACUGUUGAAGGGCCUGGUUGAAUUACUUAAACCACCAGGGACGGAGGCUGCUAAAGGGAAAGGCAAAAUCCUGGAAGAGCUAGUCACUCACCAUCUCGCUGAACCCUUGUCGGUGCAUGUACAGCAGGCCGCUGCGGCAAAAACCAUUGGAUGCUGCGUUCCAUGGGGUGGAUUUGCCAGGAGUUCAUAUGACAAUCAGGUGUUCUCAUGCAUUCUAGCCAAGGACUCGACCAAGCUGGCCGAAGAGCUGAUCCAGCUGGGCGCAGUGCAUGGCCUCAUGUGUGCUAUGGGGAACCAGGACCACACCGGCUCCCAGAGGCAGGCCAGCAUCGCUCUGGAGCAUUUGGUCCGGAUGUUUCCCACCGUGGCGGAGCAUGUGAGGAAAGCCACAGGAGAGAGACUGUUCCAGCUUUUUAUGAGAGAUGCCAAGACCUUGUAUAUGAACAUGGAUGUGAUACAGGUGGAAAUUCUGGCAUCCAAUAAAGUGACCAUUCCAGAAAGUGAAUCCAGCCCAGAAAGGAUGCUGCACAUGGAAGAGGAAGGCAGCAUGGAGUGAAAUCUUCAACAGCAGCAGGCCAGCUCUUCUCCCGCUUCCCUCUGUCUACCGCUCCCAGCCGGGCGGUGCCCUUCUCCCCCCUGCACACCCUCAGAAGCGGAGGUGGGCUGUGAAGCUGGCCCCCCACACGUGGCCUCUCCGAAUCGGGGUCUGCAGCCUCUGGCUUUGGUUCCUUCCGCUCAACGCCCCCCGUAGCGAACUUCCCCCUGGGCUGUGAUUUGGAAACCACAUGGCCUGGCUGCUCCUCCCUGAGAUCGGGACUCCCCUUGGGCCGCCCCUGCGGCAGGACUGUCUCCCCAGAGCCCUGGCUGAGCCCCCUGAGAGCAGUCCCCGCCUCCCAUCUCCACUGAGGCAGGGAGCAAAGCGGGGGAAGGGCUGCAGCCGGCAGCGGAGGAGCACCACCCAGGACAUCACUUGCAUACCCAUAAUGCUUUGCGAAAGCAAGGCGCCUUCUUGCACCGUUUGCUCUUUGUGUUUUACCAUCGCAAAUUCCAGUUCUAAAGUCCACGUCCGACUCGGUUCCAUGGUUUUCUCUUGGUAUCGCGGGUUAAAACCUGUAUUAAAACUAGUGUUUGAAAUCAAGGUCACGUUCCAGAGAUUUCGAGGUUUUGUACCUCUGGGGUCACGCUUGGGUUAGGAAAAAUUCCCAGGCUCGGUUACAAAGUUUAAGAUACACACAGCGGCCACCGCAAGCAUCGUCCCCAUUUGUGACAGAACAGUCCGCCCCACGAGAGCCUGUUUUCCUUUGCCCUCCCUUUACCGUCUGCGCACAGAGCCAACGUAGACUCUGCUGUGUGUCCUGGCGCCAGGCCUCGGUUCCGCCAUGGUCAGGGAAGUAUCGGACAGCGGAGUGAGCCGCUCCCUUUGGGGAACAAAGAACAAAUCAUUGCAAGGCUCCUGUUCUGCCCUGCUAGGAGCACAGCGGCAGGCAGCCUGCUGCAGGGGGAGGGGACUGACACUGCUGCUUUGAUAUUCUCUGGCAGCAGCAGGGAGAGCAGGACAGGGUGUAUUGAUGGAGACAUGGCGAACGUCCCAGGAGGUGCCUGGAAAAGCCACCUUCAGGGAGCAGAGAAUGAAUCCCCUAUAAAGAGCCUAAUGCCCAGCAACAAACACACACAGUGUACCAGGCUCCCUCCACACGGCUCUGACAGGGAUGCUCUAAGCUAUGCAUGGUGCCUGCAGGACAUGAGGGUUGGACCCAGUGCCCCCCUCUGGUUUAGGGCCUGAGGCGCUCAUAGAAUCCUCAGGAGUCAUCGAGUCCAGCCCCCUGCCCAAAGCAGGGCCAAUCCCAAUUCUCAGGUGCCUAGUCAUUGUGAAGACCAAGCCAGACACCUGUGGACAGGAUCACAGAGGUAGGGACCUCCCAAAUUCAGUCAAUUUUGGUCAGUUCCCUAGAAUCUCAGAAUCAUAGCACACUAGGGCUGGAAGGGACCUCGAGAGGUUGUCAAGUCCAGUCCCCUGCCCUCAUGGCAGGACCCAGCACCAUCCAGACCAGUG